CGACUUCCAUUUUCAUGCGUCGCAGGCAGUGAAAUAGUUUUUAGAGUCUUAUGAAAUUUCAAAGAAGAUAUACGUAAAAACUUAAAAAUUUAAUAUGUUGAAUCUUGCUGUAUAUUUAUUAAUUAUUUGCCAAAUUUUUUAUUUAUCUGAUUCAUUUAUGAAUCCAAAUGAAUAUUUAGUUGACGGUCGUGAUCCUCAUCCAAACGAUGAAUUUGAUUUCAUUGACGGUCGUGAUCCUCAUCCAAACGAUGAAUUUGAUUUCAUUGAAAUGGAUACUUAUGAUUCCCCAUAUCAUGCAGCUGUCAAGUGUCAUAAAUUCUUGAUCGAAUGUCUGAACAUGGCAAAUUUCACAGAUUUUUUACAAGACAUAUGUUACAACAUGUGCGUAGUGCAUUUAAAUCAUGGUAAAUCCAAGUGCAACAAGAAUGGAGAUCCUCGAUAUUGUCGUGUGAUCUCCUUGUAUACAGCCAAAGUCACAAUUACAACCAAAAAUGUUACAAGCUCCUGCACCACAAUAAAAGCCAAAAGGACGUAAACCAUUGUUGCAUACAACUUCAUAGCAAUAUUUUUCAUUGUUUUUUUUCACUUUAUGCAUUCGAUAUUUUUCACAAGUUGUAUUAACAAUUUUAAAGUUUAAAAUUCGUCUGGGACAACAAUCAGCAUGGCACUUAUUCGUAAAAAAUACAAAUGUUACAAUAAAUAACAUCAUGUAAACUUUCAACAUUUUCGAAAUAUUUCUGUACUUUUAAAUAUAUUUUAUUGUGUCUCUUUUUACGUAUUUUUUUUAUUAUAUUUUAUU